UCUCUUCAUGUCUCACUCAUCCAUCUAACCACAAAACAUCAUCAUCAUCCUCUUCCUCUCUUUAAUACGCCACUACCUAACACACAUUUGAAUUUUCACUCAGAGAUUAAUUUCUCAAAUCAUCAGGAACGCCAGGGAAUAGUAUUGAGAGAGGUUCUGAUUCAUUUUUAAGAUGAUGGCUUGUGGCUUAAGCAAGAGCCUUGGCUUCUCUUCCUCGUUGAAGAAGCAGCAAGAAGGCAUAGUGACCAUCCUUGGUGGCAUUUCGUCGAACACUUCAUCUGCACCUUCGCUCAGGCGGACUUUCUCCGCCGACUUGUCCUCCAAGAAUUGGCUCUCUCGCAACGAGUCUUUUCCUAUGAAGAGGAUCUCUUCCUCGGAGAAGCUCCAUGCCUCCUCCGUCGCUGACGAAGAGGAAGGAUCAAAAUCUGGGUUCGAUAUAUGGGCUCAGAUUCAAGAAGUCAAGAAUCAGACCAAGGAGAUCGAGCCGGCCCAAUCCGAUGUAUGGAGCUCGAUCUUAUCCGACAAGAAGAAGGCGGAGUCGAGCGGCGACGCGGUUCCUCCACCGUACGUUCAUCCUCUGGUGAAACGCGCCAGCUCUUUGAGCGAGAAAAGCCUCGAGAUUUGCACUGAGAGUCUCGGAUCCGAGACGGGUUGCGAAGGAUUCGCUUCGUAUGCAGAUGCUGAGAUCGAAAAGGAGGAAGCGAAUCUCGUUCUCAACUUUACAGUGACCAUGGAGGAAGAAGAAACAGAGGCUGAACAAGAAUCAAUCACGGUUCCAAAUCACACACCAUGCAUGGAGCUGCCACGCGGUUCGUUUCCUCCUCCGAUUCGUUCCCUCUCGAGCCAAUCUGGUUCGGCUCUGCACAUGAAAACUCGCCGUGACAAUGGUCGAUUGGUUCUUGAGGCUGUUUCCAUGCCGUCGCAUAACAACUUCUCCGCCAAGCGCCAAGACGGGCGCCUCCUCCUAACUUUUGCGGAAAUCAACGACGAACCCGAUUGUGAAAUUGACAUCGUUAGCGACGAAGAAGACGAAACCGAUGAGCUUCAGUGGUCCGACGAAGAAGAAGAAGAGGAGGAGGAGGUACAAGACGAGUUUGCGUACAAGCCCAGUGAGCUUAUGUUUAAGCUGGCACCAAAGCCCAUUGGGCCUAUAACUGUUCAUAGGCUGGCCCAUAAGCCUAUUGGUGUACCGAAAACAAACUCAAGAUGGGAUGAGUUAGAAACCAAAACGGAUCUGUCGACGCCGGUAGUCCACUCUCUUCCACCAAGGCCAAGGGUGGCUCAGCUCGCUCGGUCAAUGAAACCGCCGUCUACGGUGGACGACACCGUAGGAGCAGCUUGCUUCAACACGUGUGACUACUCUUGGAAGCUCAAUAACGCUGAAACUUUGGGCCACAACACGAAAACCCAAAGCUAUGUAAACAAAUCAAUCGGUGCUGGAAUAAAUGGUUGCAAGGAACGUAGGUCUCUCUUGUCCGUCGAGCCUUUCUGCAUUGCAACUUCAUAAAUUUAAGACCUUACAAACGGGGUAAUUUACAAGAAGCAUAAGCAUAUAAUAUAUCUAUCUAUUAUGUGUAUAUAUGCGAGUAUGUACACUCGAAUAUAUAUGCAUAUUAACCCAAAUAAUUGUUGUUGUUGCUGUUGGUUUUUCAAAAGAAAGUGAGGAGUGAAGAUUAUUAGAAAGUAAA